GAAAAAGGCAAAACAAAAAAGAAAGACGAAGAUGCGUGGUGGAGUUCAGUGGUGUCUGCUGGCUGCGGUGGUGUUGGUGGUGUGUGGUGGUCUCACCCCGACCGGCCCGCUGGUUGUGGCGCAAGUGGACGAGGGAAAGGCAGGCAGCCCCGAUGCAACGGCAACACCCCCUCCUGCCACCAACACGGAGAGUGAAGAAGGUGCUCCAACAAUGACGGAGGAAGAAGCCUUGGCCGAGUUUGAGGAGGUGGAUGGCUCUGGCCUUCUGGUCAAGGUCCUGGAGAGCGGCGAGGCGUGCACCACCCCGCUGCGUGAGGGCGACGCUGCUCACAUCAUGUACGCAGGCAUGUUCAAGGGCAACAUGAUCGACUACGCAGGCCCCGAUGAGAAUGGCAACGGCCGCGGCCACGUCUUCAGGGUCGGUCAAGGCCAAGCCCUUCGAGGUGUGGAGAAGGCACUGCUGGGCCGCUGCCCCGGUGUUCGCGUGCAGGCCAUCAUUCCGCCCGAGCUUGGUUUUGAUGACCCCAGCCUUCGCAUCAAGAACAAGCCCGUUCCGGAUGGCGCACACUUGAACUACGACAUUGCCCUCAUCGCUUAUGAGACGCCAACGUGGUGGCGUGACGCUCAGCGGAUGGCAUACGCGCUGCUGGAGCAGGUGUGGCCGCUGCUUGUGGCGGCGGCGCUGGUUGCCGGUAUUGUCUACUACCGCCGCCUCUCCAGGGCCAGCAAGGGCAGCCAGCGCAAGCAGCUCAUCAAGCGCCAGAUUGAGAAGAAGAAGAAGAAGUGAAUCAGCGUCCCUCCCUCCCUUCCUUCCUUGCUUCCUUCCUUCUUUUGGUGUAUCAUGAUCGACGACAUGCGCCCGAAUGUGCAUCGAUUGUCUCUGUUCAAAGUGCUUUCGUUCGUGGCGCAACCAGCCCCCCCCCCCCUCCAGUCAUUUACACCCCAUCCACAACAUUUCUACACCAGCCCGUACCCACUUCCUCUUGUUCACCCCGUCAAUACAUUGCACAUGGACAACCUCCAUUCCCUAAAGUUGGUGUUGUUCACGUCUGCG